AUGGGCGAUGCGGAGGCCGCCUCGAGGGCGGGAGGAGAGGGGGGCGGCGGCGGCCGCGGGGAUGAGGGUGUUCUCGCGGAGUACUACGCGCUCUGCGCCGGCGGCGGGAUGCUGGCGGCGGGCGCCACCCACCUCGCCAUCACCCCGCUCGACGUGCUCAAGGUCAACAUGCAGGGUGGCUGCAGGUUUGGCCUCUAUGAGUAUUUCAAGAAGCGGUACUCUGACAUGCUAGUAGACAGUAACAAGAGCACCAUAUACUUCCUUAGCAGUGCCUCUGCUCAAAUCAUAGCUGAUGUUGGCCUGUGUCCGUUUGAAUCGGUCAAAGUCCGUGUUCAGACUCAGCCCAUGUUUGCAAAAGGUUUGGUUGAUGGCUUUCCAAGGGUGUAUGCAACUGAAGGCCUGUCUGGCUUUUACAGGGGGCUUCUACCUCUUUGGGGACGGAACCUUCCAUUUUCUAUGCUUAUGUUUUCGUCUUUUGAGCAUACCGUGGACUUCCUAUAUCAGAAAGUUAUUCAAAAGAAAAAGGAGGACUGCUCAACAAUCCAGCAGCUUGGUGCUACUUGUCUGGCUGGUUAUAUCUCUGGUGCCGUUGGUACUGUUGUUUCAAAUCCUGCAGAUAAUAUUGUCUCAUCCCUGUACAACAAAAAAAAGCUGAAAAUAUCAUACAUGCUGUGA